GCAGCAGCAGCAGGAGGACCGCCCUGCAUCCUCCUCUCCUCCUCCCACCUCCAUCCACCGACCGACCGACUCUCCGCUGCUCCCCCAGCCGCGGAGGAGACUCUCUGAACGGGCAGGAAGACGCACCAAGCACCUCCCUGGAAGAAAUGGCCUUUUAACUCUCGGGAGGAGAAACAAACCCCAGAUGAGACAUGGAUUCUCUGCCGUUUUCCUCCGUCCUCCUCCUCCUCCUCUUCCUCCUCGCCUCCCUCAGCUGCUUCCCCGCUGCUGCCGACAGGAGCCUCGGUUGCCUGUUUGAGAGCGAGCUGUGUUCACCCUACGAGAUCUGUGUCAACGAUGGCAUGUUUGGGAAGUGUCACUCUGUUCCGGUGAAGGAGGUUUACACCUACGAUGUCUCCCCAUCUGUCGUGCAACGCUUCAGGAUGCUGAUGGAGAAGCUGUCCAACAGAGGUCUGACCUGGGAAGACGACACCACCCAGCAGGUUCUGUCCAAGGAGUUGUCCAAGCUGAGGAGGAUUCCCUACAGGCAGCAGCAGAACGGACCCGUCUACAAAACCAACAGCAGGCCGGCCGCUGAGGCGAUGGACCCGCUGGACCAGAGAGUGAAGCCGGUGGAGGUGGAGCUCAGCAGAAACCUGCAGACGUACCUUCAACGCCUCGGCCUCCUGCCCAAGACGUCGUCUGCUGCCAGCCUGAGCGCCUCUGGCAAGAGUGACCGUCUCCAGUCGGGCGUCCCCGCAGACGUCCAUCGCUCCAAGGCCCAGACUUCGGCUCAAAGCCCGUCCCCCUCCGGCCUCUUCGCGCCUUCAUCCCGCCAGCCUCUGGAGAGGCAGAGACCUCCAGCCAACCAGCGCCUUGCCUCGCAAUCGGAGGGUGACCUCCUGCUGGGUGCCCUGAGGCAGUAUCUCUCUGGGCAUUGGUCCCUGCACGGCGGGGCGGUGCAGCCCGCGGAGCAGGGGUCCCCCUGGUCUCGCCUGACGCCCUCCCACAGCGUCGGAAUAGAAAAUUCUGGGCUCAAAAAAGAGACAUCGACGUCCAGGCUCCUGAAGAUGGGACGAACCCAAGGGGCUUCGGUCAAGGACCCGCUCACGUCUGUGGACGAGAGGUUCAUCGAGAACGUCCUGAAGAACGUCGGCAGGCAGCGUGUGGACGUGGACGACCUGACGCCGCAGGACCUGGAUCAGCUCUCCAGCCUCAUAGCUGACGCGCUGCAGGUGGUCGACCGGGACCAAGGAACAAACAGGGGCCUGAGUCGGGCUAGAACUGGACCGAGAGACCUGGAGGGAGAGUUGAGAAAUGGGGAGCGAGAUGACGAAGAGGAGGAGGAGGAGGCGGCUGCCGGACAUGAGGAAGGGGAGCAGUUGUUGGAGAAUGCUCCGAUGCUGAAACCCCAGGGGAGCACUCCCAGUGUGCCGGCAGCGCUGCAAGAGCGCCGCACGGCCGCAGAAGAGCAGAACGUGAAGGACACGGCUGGGAGUGGAAGCCUCUUCACCAAACUCCUCGCCUACCUGGACAGGACGUCGCUCGGCCCCGCCCCAUCGGCAAGGAGCUGGAACCACGUCGCCGUGGAGACGCCCAUUGACCAACCGGUGGGGCAGGAGAACGUCCAGAGUCGGACCAGCCAGGCGGGAGUGACGGUGCAGAAGAAGGACGCCGCCCAGUCGGUCGAGGAGGUGUCCGAGGUGCGGGGCUGGAUCAAGGAGGUGGCGCCCCCUCCUGCUGCCCUCGUGUACGAGGAGCCGCGCAAGAAGACGAUGCGCGUUCCCGAACUUCAACUGGACGUAAAAGACAGCAGGAAGAAGAGUGACGAUGACGACGACGUCUUCGGCUACGUCAUCACUGACACAGACGGGCUCCAGACGGACGAAGGCCUCCACCUGAUGGAGAUCCUGGCUCGCAGGGCCAGAAUCCCGAUGACCGACUUUGCCGAGCUCUCGGUGGUGGGCCCCGCCGUGACCUUCAAAGUGAGUCCGAACGCUCGGAACGUCAGCACCGCAGAUGUGGCCAACGUGGCUGUUAAGCAGAAAGCGGAUGUGGAGAAGGAGGCCAAGCUCAGCAUCCUGGAGGCCGGAGUCACCGAUGGAAGCCAGAUCAACCAGAUCCCCACCAAGUACAGCCAGACGGAGUCCACCAAGUUCCUGGUGCUCACCGUGGUGUCCGUGCUGUGCAUCGUCGGCGUGCUGCUGGCCUCCACCGUGGUCUACUGCCUCCGCCACCGCUCCCACCACAAGAUCAAGGAGAAGCUCACCAACCUGGGCACGGAGACCGGCGGCGACGCCACCGCCACCUAUCAGGAACUCUGCCGGCAGCGCAUGGCGGUCAAACCUCCGGCCGAGCGACCGGAGCCCAUCUCCUCCCGGAUCAACAGCGUGUCGUCUCAGUUCAGCGACGGCGGCCAGGCCCUCAGCCCGUCCGCUCGGAGCAGCGUGUCGUCCUGGAGCGAGGAGCCCGUCCACCCCAACAUGGACAUCUCCACCGGCCACAUGAUACUGUCCUACAUGGAGGACCACCUGAAGAACAAGGACCGGCUGGAGAAGGAGUGGGAGGCGCUGUGCGCUUAUCAGGCAGAACCCAACGGCUGCACCGUCGGCCUGAAGGACGGCAACGCCAAGAAGAACCGCUCGGCCGCCGUGGUGGCAUACGAUCACUCCAGAAUCACCUUGAAGGUGGAGAACAGCCAAGGGAACUCUGAUUACAUCAACGCCAGCCCGAUCAUGGACCACGAUCCCAGGAACCCGGCUUACAUCGCCACUCAAGGCCCCCUGCCCUCCACCGUGGCCGAUUUCUGGCAGAUGGUUUGGGAGAACGGCUGCGUGGUCAUCGUCAUGCUGACGCCACUGGUGGAGAGCGGGGCGAAGCAGUGCUACCACUACUGGCCCGACGAGGGGUCCAACCUCUACCACAUCUACGAGGUCAACCUCGUGUCCGAGCACAUCUGGUGCGACGACUUCCUGGUCCGCAGCUUCUACCUGAAGAACAUGCAGACCAACGAGACGCGCACCGUCACCCAGUUCCACUUCCUCACCUGGCUCAACCAGAACGUCCCGGAGACCAGCCGGACGCUGCUCGACUUCCGCAGGAAAGUUAACAAGUGCUACCGGGGCCGUUCCUGUCCCAUCAUAGUCCACUGCAGUGAUGGAGCAGGACGGAGUGGGACCUACGUCCUGAUCGACAUGGUCCUCAACAAGAUGGCUAAAGGUGCCAAGGAGAUUGAUAUCGCAGCGACUCUGGAGCACCUGCGGGACCAGAGGUCGGGAAUGGUUCAGACGAAGGAUCAGUUUGAGUUUGCGCUGACGGCCGUUGCGGAGGAGGUGAACGCCAUCUUGAAAGCUCUUCCACAGUAGACGUCCUCCAGUCCUCUCCAUCCUCUCCUCCGCCUGUCCUAACUGAAAGACGCUCCCUGUUAUUGGCUCUCUUUCGUUUCCUCCUUCAUUUGUUCCACCUUCAUUUUAUAAUUUUCAAAUCCCGUCCUCUCUCCUCUCAUACUUCUGUCAUUUUUGUUCUCCCCCUGUUUUGUUUCUCCCCUUGUCUUCCUCCGUUCAUCCCUUCUUUCCCGGCGGUCAAUCCUCUGCUUCUCAUCACUGUCUUGUGACUUGUGUCGCCCUCUCUUUCAUCCCCUCUCCCAUUUCCUGUUGUCUUCUCCUGUCCACGUCCUCCUCCCACCUCUUCUCAUCUCCUCCUGUGCAUAGAUAGACCUUCCUUCUAUUGUAACGAUCCAUGCCACCAGUUUUCUAAAGUGACAUUCCACUGCAUUUUGACUCAUUCCGAUUGAUCGGGUAAAAAAAGAAAAGAAGAAAAAAAGUCUCUGUGUUCCGUUAAGAGUAUAUUUAUGAUAGUUUCUGAUUAUUAGAUGAGCGUUGACCCUGACGGCCGUCAGUUGGGUAAAUCAAAGUCGUCAUAGAUGAUAUAGACAUAGAUAAAAACAAAUUUAUGUAAUUGUAAAUUGAAUCUAUAUUUUUCCCCAAAUCACAUUCAGUAUCGGUCUUUGCCAAAGCUUAAGUGUUUCACCAAACUGACGCCACUGUUUGGUCUUAAAUUUGAGUGAGUGUACGCUGAUGAUCGUCCUGUUUAUGUCACAAAAUCGCAUUUGUGUCUUAUUUUUUAGUGCCAUGCUUAUUGUUUUGGGAUAAGUUUUCAAGCCGAAUGCAAGUGUGGGUCAGUAAGAUAGAUAUGAGACAAAACACGCUUAUUUUUCGUAGGAGUAAGUGGUGAAACAUUAUAAAUAUGAGAAAAUCAACAAGAUGCUAAUAUUGGAAAUGAGAUGAAAUGACAGGAUUUGAUUUUUGGGGUAUUUUUUCGAUGUGUAAUGUUUAUCUCCUGCAGUAGUAGUAGCAAUAUUGUGUUCCUUCAACAUUGAAUCGUUAUCUCGCGUGGACAAACCAGCACUGUGGCUUGUCAGUGAAGUAACACUAAUGUCUGCCUUAAUAAAAAAAAACACAAUAUAUGAACCGGCAAAUGUGUUUAUCCACCUGGAAACGAGGUGCUAGUGUGUGUAAUCCUUCGUUUUAAAUUAUUAACCUGCGGAAUUAAAGGUUCGCUGCGACGGGUUUGAAACAAAAAUCCAUCUGACAAACACUGAGGAACAAUCUCACAUACUGCCAUGCUAAUGGGGAAGCAGGAAGUUACCUCUACAAUGGUUGGACAGCCGUGAUAUCGAUCCUAUCUUUAUAUGAACCUCUGCAAACCGAACCAAAAGCCCAUUAUGAAAUAAAAGUGCUGGAACUUUUCAAGAUAAAAGAGGAUAGUUCUGCUCCUGAAUAGCAGUUUCCUCUAUGUAGCAUUAAUGGAUGACGAGUACAUGAGCUGUAGCGGAACCUGUUUUCCAUCUUGAAAUUGUUCUGUUGUACACGAAAGGAGCAAAGGCUGUAUUUUAAUUAUAUAUCAGAAAAGCCACAGGUUUCCUUUCACUUCUGUAUAAUAUUUUUUUAAACAACUAUUAGCAGACUACUUACUGUUAAAAAAAUAAAAUAAUCCAGAGCAGCCUUUUCUUAUCUGGUCUUCACUUUAAACCACUUAACUGCGCAAAAAUAAGUGAACUUGAAGAAAACACUUUAAGGUGCAGUUACUCCCUGUCUCUUGCUAUUGCUGCAUUUAUGUAUUUGGUUUAUUUAAGAUUCAAGCUGCACAAUUAGCCAAAUAGUCACAUGACUCACCAGGUAGCCUGUUCAUUGGACAGUGCUGGAAACCUGUCGAAUACGAGCGUUAGACUUGUUUCUUUUCUUCUUUUAUUUCGUUUAGUUCAUUGAUUCCAUAUAAAGAUUGAUGAUAUUUCUCCCACUGUACAAAAAUGAAGCAUAUCUUUCUGCCAUCUUGGCAUCAUUCGGAGCCAGAAUACUGAUCGUAGACAAUCAAUCUUGAGUAAGUAAAUCAGCUGUCGAUCGUGAUGUUUCACCCCAUUUUUAAAGCAUCAAAUAAUAAUUAAAACCAAAACUCAUCAGAGACGUCAAUGUUACAAGAACUCCCAAAAACGACAGAGACCAUCUUUGGUAAAAUAAAUUAUAUUUGACGUCUACUUUGACUUUGUCCAAGAAGAGGGGGAGGGGUUUAUGACCUAUACUACAGCCAGCCACCAGGGGGCGAUCCAGAUGUUUUGGCUUCACUUUUGUGGAAGCCAUCUUUGUAUACAGUCAGUGGUUCAUGUAAAAAACAAUAUAACAAACGCUGCCACCAUGCUUGUGGUGAAUGUAUCAUCAACGUACUUUUACUGCUUUUAAUUGGCCAACAGUAAAUGAACAGUUUAAAAUAUUUUAUCCGUCAAAGUCUAGUUUUCUUAGUCCUCUCUUAUUCCAAUAAUACGACUUGCCUACAUUAUGCUACUAGUGCAUGGCUGUAUUUAUCCGUGAAGUCGACGACGUUAGCACAACUCAACCUGCAGCAAACGGUUCAUCUCUUUACUUUCAAGCCGUUUAAAGCACGAGGACCUUGAAAGUGCAAAAAGCCAAGGAUUGUUUUUCAUCUGUGAAACUGUGCCGAUCGUGGUUGACGCGAGCUGACAGGUGUUUGCGGUAUCGGUAUAUGAUGCAACACUGCAGCAAGCCGGUGUCACGUCGUCGGACUCGACUCCCAUUUUUCACCGCCGAAUUGAAACGCGCUGCUCCAAGUGCUCCCCAUCAAAGUGUCGUUUGAUGUAGAAUUGGAAUAUUUCUUUUUCUGCCUGUUUGAAAAGAUUCUGCCUUGUACGGUAUGUCAUGAAAAUGUGUAAAUGAGGGAAAGUGCAUCGAAGGAAUGGAAAUGAUCACAUUCUACGGGUCAUUUCUUAGCGUGAGUCAAAGCGAAACUUGUUUUCAUGGGCAUUUCUUUGUUUUUCCUUAUUUUGCAGUGAUGGUGGUUUAGUCGGCACAUUUGCCUAUUCCUCUUUCACCGAGUAUCAAUAGAUGGCUGGUCUCUUGCAUUAACGAUCUGUACAAAAACCGACAGAUAUUUUGUUCUUUGUUCUAAACAAAUUGUGAAUAAAGUGUCAUUGUGGUAUUGUAA